CUCUUUGUUCUCCUCUUCACUUGAGUUUUCCCACAAGUAGAGAGUAGAGUAGCCCCCAAAACUCUAAUUUUCUUCAGACGUCUGCAAAAACCCUAGGAGAGAGAAAACUCACAAUCUCUCAUCAAUGGCUUCCAUUGAGAUCACUGAAGCAGCAACAAUGGAGGACAUGGAGCUCGAAACCCUGAAGCCAUCCUCAAACACAGACGUCGCAACCAAGAGAGAGAGAGAAGACGAAGCAACGGCGGACGAAAAUGGCGCCGUUUCGAAGAAACAGAAACUCGACGAUGAGAAAUCUGUCGAAGAAACAAGGAUGGAGAAGUUGCAGGAAAAUAGCGGCGAGGUAGAAGAAGAGAAGAAGGAGGAGAAGAUUGUAGACCCCGUCAAAAUCGGCCCGAAAACAUUCGGGUCUUCUCUUGAAAUGUUUAAUUACUUCUAUAAAUUGUUGCAUAGCUGGCCUCUUUUUCUUGACCUCAACAAGUAUGAGCACAUGGUCUUGCUGGAGCUGAUUAAAAAGGGUCAUCCAGAGGCAGACAAGAAGAUUGGUUCGGGAGUUGAAGCCUUUGAGGUCCGCGAACACUCAGUAUAUAAAAGUCGCUGUUUCUUUGCUGUAAGAACAGAUAAAUCUGCAGAAGACUUCAGUUUCAGGAAGUGUGUGAAUAACAUUCUGCCCUUGCCCGAAAACAUGCAGGGGAAUUCUGAUGUGAACAAUGUGCUGGGUGGUGGUAGAAAGAAAGGUGGUGGUGGUGGGGGUGGAAGAGGGGGUGGGCGUGGACGUGGUCGUGGUCGGGGAAGGGGCGGCAACAGAAGGUGAAGGCUGAUGCUAUAUUUAUAACUUAAGUAGAUGUUAUGCCCAGAUAUGCAGGUGCUCCUACUCUGACUUUGUUGCACCAAUUUAAUGUACUAUCAAAUUUUGGCUAGUUUUAUGAAGAACUCCCUUCUUUUGCAGCAA